AUGAGUGGAUCAAUUGUAAGGACCCUCAACUGGGAUGUUGGGUACGAACAAAGGUUUCUUGCUGUUAAUCCAAUUGGAGAUGAAGUACUUCUUUAUCAAACUAACCAUGAAGAUCCCUCAUGUGAAUCUAAUGAUAUUAAGAAAGUUAAUAAUCGACCAGGAUUCAGUAAUAUUCAAUGCAGUGCAUAUUCGUAUUACGACGUAGGUCUAACAAGUGUGGGCCAAAUUAAUGGCACUGUUUGCAUAUUUGAUAUAACGUCGAAUAAUUCGUCAAUCUUGAAACUUCGACCUAAACAGAGUAGACCAUGCAAUUCGCUUUCAUUUAAUAAUAAAGGGAUGGUGGCAGCAGGAUUUGACAAAGGUAGACAAGAUAAUAGUUUGCAAAUCUGGAAUAUAGAGCAUUAUUCGAGAAAUAGUAAUAAUGACCACAUCAAACGACCAACAUAUUCAUAUAUCCCUAAUGAAGCUAUCUUAUCGUCUACAUUUUAUCCUGAUCACGAUAGUAAUUUAUUAGCUGGUAGUUAUAAAUUUUUAAGAGAAGUGGAUUUGCGUACAGAUGUACCGACUUUCCAAAUGGCAACCAAGUGUACAUUGGGUAUUACAAUAGAUCAUUUUCAGUCACAUUUGUUCCUGUCAUUCAGUGAAGAUGGGUCAUUGGCCAUUUGGGAUAGAAGGAAAUUGAAUGGGAAUACGUCAAGAUCUAAGACUUCUCUGAGCAGCAACGUUAUUACUGAAACGCCGGUGUUACAAUUUAAUAAGUUGCUAAGCGACUCUUCGAGGAAAAAUCACGGCCCAUGUGUUAGAUAUUCGACUGUUAGACGAGGUGAAUUUUCAGCAGUGUUCAAUGGAGAUUUAAUUAGAAGAUGGCAUACUGGGAUAAUACCUCAAUCAAAAGAACUACAAGAGAAUAAACCAAAGAUCACGAAGGAUAAUAACGUAUUGCAGUCGUUAAAAAGACAAUCCUCGCAAUUAUACAAAGCUAGCCAAGAAUCUCUCUUCGUGUCAAUGGUAUUAGAUGUUAAAACUGACUACGAAAGAGUAAUUUCCUUCGAUUACUCGUCUGAUAUUUCUUCUAAUACUUCAACAAAUUUUGUUUGCAUGAGACAGUCAGGCUCUGUGUUUAGAAUGCCAGUUGAAGAGUGUAUUGAAUCUAUGGAUUUCAAUUCAUAUAAUGAAUUCUCAAUUGCGGGACCGGAAGGAACCCUUACAAAGUUUUUGAAUGAUGAGACUCUUCAAGAUGGUACGAAUAUGAAAAAAAAUAGCGAGAUUUUGAUGAAUAAUGAAUUAAGAGAUAUUAAUCAAGAAGAUUAUUCUGAAGAAAUUGACUCUACUAUUGAUGACGAUAGUGUAGUUGCUAACUAUGGAAGGGAAGAGAAUUUGAUUAGAUACAGCAGAGAAGAUGAAGAUUUUAUCCCUCUAAAUACCUUUCUUUAUACUUCCGAAGUUAUGAUGAAUGACAUAUGUAGUACGAUUAGAAGAAGAUCGUUAUUAGGCUAUGGAAUUGAUUGUGAGAAAAAUAUCAAAGUCUUGGAAAAAUUCGACGGUAUAGAUACCCAGGUAUUUUUAAAGAACACCUGGAAAUGGCUCACCUUGGCUAAGAAGUCUCUUGAUAAAGGAACAAUGAUAGCGGAAGGUUUGGAUUUAGGGUAUCAAGGUGUAUUGGGAAUUUGGAAGGGUGCUGCUGAAAUUAAUGAUCAAAACAGGUUUCGGAAAGAUAUGGGUCAUAUAACAGAUCAAUUAUUCUCUCACGUAGUUAAGACAAUAGUAUCGUCAAAGGGGGAGAAAACAGCCAGCAUAAAUAUUUCAAGUAACAGUGAAAAGAAAGCCCAAAGAAAACUAUGCUUGAUAGUAUCAGGUUGGUAUUUGGCAGAUUCUGAAUUUGAAGAAAAAUUAGAUCUCUUGAUUUCGUGGGGUCAAUAUGAAAAGGCUGCUGGAUGGGCAGUCUUUCACGGAAAUGUGGAAAAGGCUAUUGAAAUAUUAGCAUCGUCUAAAAAGGAAAGGUUAAGAUUAAUGUCUACAGCAGUUGCUGGUUAUUUAGCAUAUAAGAGCUCUAACAUUAAUAGUCCAUGGAAAGACCAGUGCCGUAAAAUGGCCUCAGAAUUAGACGACCCUUACUUGAGGGCAAUUUUUGCAUUUAUAGCUGAUAAUGACUGGUGGGAUGUUUUGGAUGAACACUCAUUACCUUUGAAAGAAAGGCUUGGGGUUGCUCUUCGAUUUCUAUCGGACAAAGAUUUGACGGUUUAUUUGAAUAGAAUUGCUGAUACCGUUAUCGCCAAAGGUGAAUUGGAGGGAUUGAUAUUGACAGGUAUAACUCCUAAGGGGAUCGAUUUGUUGCAAUCAUACGUUGAUAGAACUAGUGAUGCGCAAACUGCAGCAUUAAUAUCGGCUUUUGGAUGUCCACGAUAUUUCAGCGAUGUAAGAGUGAAUCACUGGGCCGAUUGUUAUCGAUCCUUGCUCAACAGUUGGGGCAUGUUUAGUACCAGAGCUAAAUUCGACGUUGCCCGUACAAAACUCUCCAAAAAUAAUGCGGGUCAGUUAACUAUCAAGCCAGCUCCAAAGCAAGUAUAUCUACAAUGUAACAAGUGUAACAAGAACCUAUCGAAGCCAAGAACAAAUAACUUGGGCCGAAAUAAUGCAUCCUCGAGUGGUAAUACCGGGGCCAACACGAAUAAUCCUUCUGCCCUCCUCAAACAAUUUAAUAAAAUGAAUCUUAAGAAGAUGAAACACAACUUUAAAUCAUGUCCCCAUUGUGGUGCCCCAUUGCCUAGAUGUGCUGUUUGUCUACUUACUCUAGGGAAUCCCAUUCCUAUGGACUCGAGAGAUCGAGUAAACGAUGAUACUACCAGUGGAAGAAUUGAAAAUAACCUUAGAGAAUGGUUCAGUUUUUGCUUGAGCUGUAACCAUGGGUCGCACGUAUACCACGCAGAAGAAUGGUUCUCGAAGCAUUAUGUUUGUCCGGUCCCUGACUGUAAUUGUUGUUGUAAUAGUAAAUAG